CUUAAACAUAAUUUAUGGAACCAAACAUUUUUUAUUAUUUUUCAGACGGAUUACAAUCGACAUCUCGAGCAAUUAUUCGAACGUGUUACAGCUUUACUCAUCGAUAGUCUGCGAACGAAGAUAACCAUCGAUAAUUUGAAGCAAGUUAUCGAGCUGCAUAAGCAUUUGGAACAAGUGCGAGAUUUAUUCGAUGAAAAUGUCACCGGGAAGACAAUGGCAGCGGAAAGCGAACUAUUUUUAAAUAAAAUCGAGGAAUUAUCAAAAUUGAUAUCAGCGAUGAAAUUUUGGGAACUUGCCCACGAAUCGAAAUUACGAGAUAUCGAGUUUAAAUUGGAAAAUUUGUCGAUUUUCGUCAAGAAGGAUAAAUGUCUGAAUGCUGGCGGAAAAUUCGAAUGGGUGGAUAGUAUAUUAGUAAAGUGCUUGCAAGAUGGUACUUGGCUGCUCAUCGACCAAGUUAAUUUAUGCAGCCCCGCUGUAUUAGACAGACUUAAUGGUCUGUUGGAACCAAACGGUGUUCUCAGUAUCGGUGAACGAGGUGUUGAUAGUGAAGGCAAUGUCAUCACCAUUAAGCCGCACGAAAAUUUUCGUCUAUUUUUAACUAUGGAUCCUCGAUACGGUGAAAUUUCCAGGGCCAUGCGUAAUAGAGGGGUGGAAAUUUACAUGUUUGGUCCGAAGGAAAACAUCUACGAUGACGCAAUAGAUCUGAAAUCGCUAUUAUUCAAUGCUGGUAUCGCGAAAUCGACGCAUCGCGAUGCAUUGCUCAAGAUUUACGAGACGAUGUCGAAAGAUGUGAUCGCAGUGGACCGAUUCAGCGUCGUCGAUUUGUUACACACCGCGUUCCUGGCGAAGCAACGAUUGCUUCGCGGAUUCUCGGCGGAGCGAUCGAUCAGAAACGCUUGCAUUGACGUUUAUAUAAAAGCUAGACCGAUGCGCGAUCCGCAAUUCAGAGAACAUCUGAUUUCUUUGAUCGACGAAAUUAUCGAGCGACAUGGUGUCGCGGACAAUCAAGAUAUCUCGUUAAUCGAUUUGGAGGCCGCCACGUGGAGCGUGAAAAAUCUGCAGGACAAUUCGAGACUCGCUAUAAUCAGACAACAGAGUUUAUUGUUAAAGGCGGUUGUCAAACUGUACGAAUUAGGUGCAAAUUCUAGAAAUGAAAGAAAUAUUGUUGCAUCAAAGUUAUUUAAUAAAUUUUGCGGUCUUAAAGACGAAGAGGAAUAUAUAUUGAACGUUGGCGUUACCGAGACAUUGCCGUAUUUCCUGUUGCAUUUUUACGAACAAUCCUCGCAAGACGAUGCACUACUUAGGAAGAAAUGGAUCUCGAAGAUGUUGCGAGGAAAUGCAAUAUUUGACGAACUUAAGAAGCAGAGUGCACUAAUGGCAAAUGUAAUUGCAUUGUUUCGCUUUCGUUCUCCAAACCAGGUAAAAAAUUUACCUUGGGAUUUUUGGCAGCUGGUUGGAAGAAUGACACAUGAUGAGGACGAUAGCACUUGCAAUGAUGCAAAUAAAUUGUUACUGCUUUUAUAUGCACACAGUAUGAUAUUCAAAAGUGAUGUAACGAAAGCGGAAAUAUUGCAGAACAAAGAUGUGAUAUCUGUCAAGCAAUAUUCCAGUAUUGUACAUGACGGUGAACUAUCCUCGCAAUUGAAGAACCAACCGCUCAUAACAUAUUUCGCACAAUUCAUUGAACGAGCGAAUUCUUAUAUCGCGAUGAUUCUACGAGAUAGUGAUAUAAGCGUGAAUCCUGAAGAAUACGUUGAACUGAGAAGGGAAUUGAAGUGGUACACGAGAUUCGAGAAGCUGGGCGAAACAACUUUAAUAAACAAGAAAAGAUUGAAAAACUCUACAAGCAGGUUCACGGAUGUAGAACAAAUCUCUUCGUUGCUGAAGGUCCAUUAUAAGUGGCUGUUAAAAUUCCUGCGCAAAUUGUCCGCAACAACUGGACAGUUUCCGAAUGAGAAGACCGCGAGCGAGAUCGAGUUGUGGGAGAUCGUAUCCCAAGUGAACAAUCAAUUGGAUUCGGUGUACGAUCCUAUAAAAAAGAUAUCGAAGAGAGUCAAAAAGUACUUAACACUUCCACCACCUCACUCUUCAGAGGUUUGCAUGAAGGUGCAUUCGGAACUAAGAAGACUAACGAAUGAUUUUAACAUAAGGAACGAAGAAGGCAUGCUUCUCUUGAAACAAGAAUUAAAAAUCAUAUUUAUGGAAUUGAAGGACGCAUUGAUGAUGAGGCAUCAUAUGAUUUCCCUGUGGAGCGAUGUUCACCUGAGGAAACCAAUCGAGGAGACGAGUAUCAUCGAGGUGGAGCAAUUCUGCGAGGAGAGUCACAUUCGUCUCCGAGUUUCCACGGAAGUCGAGAGCGUUCUGAAUAGAGUGCAUUUACUUCCAAAAGAAGAAAUGACGCAGAUGAACGCGAGGAUACAAUUGUGGCCGAUCCACGAGUAUGUUUUUAUGUCGUUCGCCUGGACUCUCCAGGCAGAGAUGUGUCGGGAAGGAAUGAUUUCCGCUGCCACCUUGACGGAAUGUCUCGCGAGAUUUGCAGAUAUACCCGGUAUACCGAGCGACUUGAUCGGCUUGUUGAAUGCGAUGACUCGGACGGAGAUUGAGCAUCCGCAAAAGCUCCUGUUACUACCGGAAUUGUUCUUCCGGCUCGCGCAAUUCGCUCGGAAAUCUCGCGCUGUCAGGAGUACGAACCGCUUUUUACACUGGCGUGGUAUAACGGAAGAGGAUAUGGAGAGAUCACUAACUUCCUAUGCCGAAUGCAAGACUGAAUGCUACUUCGGCGGGGCCGUUCUCCUAAACUUAGUGCUGCAAUUAAUGUUAAAUAAAAUAAAUGGACAAAAGGAGAGAAAAAAUAUUCUUUCUACGGUCGCGCUUGGAACAUAUAAAGCGCAAAUGGAUCAACUGCAGUUGCUGAAUGAGAUUUUAUGGCGGAAUAGCAUUUCGUUGACAAACAAACAAUACUAUUUAAUCAGCAGUGACUUGAUAACGUUGAAAUUUUAUUUAUGCUUGUACUCAUCCGCAAUAGAUAAAAUGAACGCCGAAAACGACCUAUCUGAUCUGAUUGCGAACGUCAUAAAGAAGGAAGGCGAAAGUAACGCGACUGCCAUAAAGAACAAGUUGCAAACUGAUUAUCUUCAACCGGUAGAAGAAUUCCAUAAAGCGUGCAACGAGAUAAAUAAAAUCGACGAGACAAGUAUUGAUGAGAAAGAAAAUCUAAUUCGACAAGGAAGAGCGUGGAUGUUACUCGGUUACCUUCAGCUUCUACUUUUUGGAAAUUUGGAUCAGAUUGAUCCCGUAUACAAGGUAGAACUGAAGGUCAAGUACCUAGAAGAGGAUUACACCGAUUGUAGAAGAACGAUAUAUGUUACAUCAUUACAGAAUCGUAUUUUAGGAUUAUCAACAGAGACUGAACACAUUCAUCCUAGACUUGUAGCUACGAAAAAUUGCGAGCAAAAUUUACUAAAGACGAAAGACAAACUCAGCUGUUUGAAAGCCUUCAGAUCACCUUCUGCCAAUUUUGCUUUGCUCAGUAAGGACUGUGUUAAUUUCAGGAAUCAAAUAGGUUCCUAUAAGGUGGUAGAGAAACACAUGAACAAUCUGUGCGCAAUUGCGAGCGAGAUCAGUCAAGAAUGCAAAUCAGCCGAUCUUUUGAGCUUCAACACUGUUUUGGACGAAGCGGAAAUCUGGAGUUUAUCGGUGCAGGGAUUCGCCGAGCAAAUCGAGGCAAAGUACUUGUCGGUUUAUCCAGAUGUAAUUCUUCCGCUACUGGCGGCCUUGGCACAGUUAAGUCACGGCGUUAAUAUAUUGAUCAACGAAAUACGACGACGGAUAUCUCUGCGUGCAAACCAAGUGUCUGAUCUGGAAGCCUUGAUAUACAAUUUGAUCCGAUUUCCGACGAUCGGCCAAGGACAGGAGAGCCUUUUGAACCUGAGUGAUUUGUGUAUUUCCAGAAGCACGAGAAAUCUGGUUGGAAACUCGGAUGCAUUCGUCAGGAUGCAGGAGCAGUUCCAGAUAUUUAAAUCAGGUUUGCACGAACUGCACAAUCAUGUGAUUCUCAACAGAGGUCUGACCAAGUCGCUGUGGCGGGACGCGAACGAGUUGCUGCAGCAAAUAGUCCUAAUUUGGAAACAGCAACAACAGGAAGAGGAGAGACGAGCCGCGGAGAGGGACAGCCUGUACAAGAACAAGAUCGAAAGACACGGUGAUACGUUGACCGAAGAGGAAGAACUCGCUUUGGAAGUCCACAAACUAUUUCCUACGUCUCGCGAGAGAGACUUUCACGACAUAGAAGAUGGCUCGCAGUUUUCCCUCGAGCAGAAUAACGCGUUGCAGACCGAGUCAAACGACUCGGAGUCUACCUUUAGCGGUCUCAUUACCAAAGACGAUAUCAAGGAAAUUCAGGAGAUCCACUCAGACAUUGUUACAUCCUUCAUCGCGUCCAAGUGGAUAUGCAGCAGUUCCACUUCGGUGCGCUCGACGGAUUAUGUCGACCCUCUAAUUCAGAGAUAUAAUACCGUAUACGGAAUGCUCGACCUUGUACUACCGAGUUUAAACGAAGAAUUUGCGAUGAAAUUAUACAACAGUUUAAAUCUCCUGGUCACUUUAGGACUGCAAGCGACCCAAGAAAAGAGCUCGGAUCGAAUUUUGCGCGAAAACACUGGAGUGCAAACAAAAGCGUACGAUUUCUAUAAGGAAUGCAACAUAGAGGAAGCGAGACAGUGUCUCCCGUUGUGCGAGAAGAUUCUAAUUCGCGUCAAUCAACUGCUGGAUGAGUGGCCGGAGCAACCCAGUCUAAAAUCGAUACGCUGUAUAAUAGAGAGGAUCUAUACAUUCCCGAUCACGUCGCCUGUCUCCAGAUUUCUGACGGGUCUCGAGUUGUUGCUUGUCAAGAUGAAGCAAUGGGAGGAUAACGCGCACAGCGGCGUUAGUAUGGGAAACUAUAUAUCCGCGUUGACGCAGCAAAUAAUAUCGUGGAGAAAACUGGAGCUGUCUUCUUGGAAAGGUUGUCUCAACGCUACAUACGAGAAUCUCAGAUCCAACACAUCUAAAUGGUGGUUCUUCCUAUACGCUUUGAUCGAGAGCUACAUCACAAGAUCAAACGACGAAUCUGUUACUAGGGAAAGCUUGGUGGAAUCGCUGGAGCGUUUCAUGACUGAGUCAUCCCUCGUCGAGUUCGAAUCGCGAUUGAAUCUGCUCUGGACGUUCCACUGUCACGUAUAUUAUUUCGACGACAGUGACGUAAAGAACGAACUCUUAGCCGUACUGUGGAAUGUGUACAAUUAUUACAAACAAUUCGUGGACGAUGUGAACGCGAGAAUUGCUGCAUUGAGAGCGCCCAUCAAAAAGAAACUGGAGGACUACGUUAAAAUCGCGCGAUGGAACGAUAUCAAUUACUGGGCGGUGAAGGAGACGGUUGACAAGACGCAUCGCACUCUGCACAAGUAUGCGAAGGAGUUCCAGAACGCCUUGAAACAAAGUGUGUCCUCUUGCCUGAUCGUCAAGUCAGGAUCUUACAGUACAGAGAUGAACAAGGGCAUCUGGGACGCUCAAGAUCAUCACAAGUACAUACUCAAUCUUGAAGAGUUUAUCGUAGAGAAACCUCCGCAGUCUAUAGAGAUAGAAACACGGUUCACAAGCGGACAUAUCACGAAAGCAGACACGUUGCUGAAGACGGCCAGGAAUCUAUGUAAAAAAAUAAUCCAGGCGAGCUCUUAUCCGCAUAUACGGUCUGAUCUUGAGAACUUCGUCAUGAGCUUCAUGGAGCAGAGCGCGCGUCUUCGGGACCUGGACAUCGACAGAAGUUUGCCGAAGAGCAAACAGAAGUCUCAGGCGAAGAGUAUCUUGCAACAGAAGAGAAUGACGCUCGCCAAUUACUUCAAGUCGUUGACUCGAAUGGGUGUGUCCUAUCGUACUGGCGCGUUAACGUGGAAGAACAAUGCGGACAAGGUGAUAGACUAUACGGUAUCGCCCUUGGAUCUGUCCGCGAUCGGUCGGUACUUCAAGUUGAGGUCGAUAGAUCAGCAGAUGUUGGCACAAUGGCAGGGCUGCGAGAAGUAUUAUUACAAGUCUCUCAUCAGGUUGAACGCUCUCCACGCGAUGCUCAGCACAAAUCAGACCGACCUGGGGCCGCAAAAUAUGGAGCGUUGCCGAGGAUAUUCCGCACAUCUGAUGCUGAUGGCUCACAGACAGAAGACGACGUUAGCCAGGUCCUUUGAUCGGUUCUCAUCGCUACGCAUACAGAUCUCGAAUCUGUCCGAGAUGCGCGAACAGGAUCUGAAUGUGUCGAAGCAACGCGACGGCCAGGACUGCGCGAGGAGCUUGAAGACAUUGCUGAUAACGUUGGAAGCUGGAUUCGAGCAGCUAUUGCUGUGCCUUCAAUGCUGUCCUGCGGAAUCGCUGGAUUCGAAUAGAGCCGUGCUCACGUUAAACGCGAACGCCCUUCCAAUAAUAUCUGCCUCUCGGACUGAUGAAGUUUGGAAGAGCGCGACGACUUUGCUAGAAGACAGUUUAAGAUCAAUAAAAACGACCGCGAAACGCUUCCACGCCUUAUUUGUUCCGUUUGAAAUAUUAUUGGCGGAUCAUUCCGAAGAUUCUAUCCACGCUUUACUAAGUUCGAAGCACUUUGAGUUCUUGGAGCAAUCCCACGCAACGAUCGAAGAUCUACGAGCGCGAGCGAGAGAACUGAAACAAUUGUUUGGAAGUUCGGACGUGAUGCAUCCAAUCUGGGAAAAUAUCGCGUUCUUGGACAUGAAAAUGGAAUGCUUCCUUCGUAAUUAUGAUGAAAAUUUAGGAAAAUCCGUGGAAAUUGAAGGACAAUUGAAGGAAGACAGUAACGCUGUCGAGAAAUAUGAAUUGGCCCUGGAACAUUUAAUUAACACGAUAUUACUUACCAUACAAAAGAAAUACAAGGAUCGUAAUUUGAACGACACUGUGACACAGAAACCGAGUGAGGAAAAUGAUGAAAACGAUAAAGACGAAGAGGAAGAAAUAGAUGAAAAUGAAUUGAACGAGAGACUUGUUGAAUUCCUCGAGCGGGAUAUAACCGAAUUGAAAUUAUCUAAAGUAUCCAAUUCAUUUUUCAGUCUUCUACUAUCGAUACGAGAAUUCGAUCUACAAUCAGCAAAUUAUUGUAUCAGAUUACUUCUAAAAUGUUUACCACUGCUGGAACAAUACCUCUUGUUUGCCCAGUUUUAUUUAAAUGAACAAGUGGCGUCAUUCCGCAUCACGUGUAAGAUGCUGUACCUGCAAUUAAAUGUCUUCCUGGACCUGGCUGCAAAUGGAUUUUGCGUGCCGAAGGAUUUAGAUCUUGAAGAAGGCGAAACGGAUGAAUCAGGCGAGAAGACGGGUAAAGGCGGGAUGGGUUUAGCUGACGGUGAAGGAACGAAAGAUGUUUCCGAUCAAAUAGAAUCCGAGGAUCAAUUGGAGGAUGCAAGACCCGCGGAUCAGGAGCAAGAAAAACAAGAUGAUAAGACUUGCAAGGAGGAGGAAAAAGGAAUCGAUAUGUCCGAGGAUUUCGACAGUAAGCCUCAGGAUAUGGAGAAGGACGAGGAUGAUGAAGAGCGGAGUGAUGAUGAUGAAAAUAAUGAUUUGGAUAAGGAAAUGGGAGAGACGGGAGAAGGCGCCGAACAGCUUGAUAAAGAAAUAUGGGGUGAUGAUAAUGAAGAAUCCGAAGAGGAUGAUCAAGAGAAGCUGGAGAACGAUGAUGAAGAGGAAGGUACAGGUGAACGAAUCGGUGAAAAGGAAAUGGGCGCGAAAGACGACGAGAAAAAGAGAAAACAGCAUGACGACGACGACACGAACGACAAUAAAAAUCGAGAAGAAGAAAAUAAAAAGGAAAUAAAUGAACUCAACGAGCCAGAGAUAGAUGAAGACCAGAUUAAUCCUUAUCACGGCAAAUUUCAACCUCAACCGGAACCCGAACAACUCGAUCUACCAGAAGAUAUUAAUUUAGACGAAGGCGAAGAAAAUAAAGAAGACAAUGGCGAAGAAGAGAAUCCGUUCGACAUUGAUGAGAUGAAGGAUUUCAAGCCGCCACAGGAAAAAAUGAAUGACGAACUUGAGAAAGAAGCUGAGGAAAAUAAGGAAAAUGACCCUGAAGAGGAGUCUAGCGAAGACGAGAACGGCGAAAAUACGGACUUGGAUGGACAAAAAACGCAGGAAGAACUCGAAUCUAAUCAGGAAACUAAAGAGACAAACGAAAAGAACGCGGAAACCGAGAACAAAGAUGAAGAGCAAAAUCGGGAUGAAGAAGCUGAAGAGAAGCUGCAGGAGACAGCAGCGCCAAGUGCAGAUGAUGCUAGCAAGCAAAUGGACGCUGCAGAACAAGUUGAAGAAACGACGGAAGGCUCGCGAGAUACGGUAGCGCAGCAAUCGGAUCAGGCCAAAGAUCAGCAGGAAGCAUCAGCGGAGAAUACUGAAGAGGACAGUAAGGAUAAUGGUACCGGCCAAUCGGAGUCGGCGCAGCAGGAAAGCGGGCAUUCAGGAUCUUCCAAGCAGGAAACUAUUCCAGCUUCGCAGAAGAACAUCAUGACAAAGUCAAUCGAGAAGAGAAAGAAUCCAGGCAAGAGCCACGAAGAUCGCAGUCUGCUGGAUAAAUUCCAGCCGGCGCUGAAGAAGUUGAAAACGAUCUACACACAGGACGAAAUAUCGAAGGAGCCAGAGAAUGACCCGGGCAACACUGAGGGAGACGAGGCCGAGAUGGCCAAACACGUAAAGGAUUCCGAGAAGUUUGACGAUUACACGCUCGAUGCCGCGACAGAGGAUCAAGUUAAACAACAAGCUUCUAACAUGGAUAAAGAAGAGAAUCAGGAAGAGAAAAAAGACGACGCCACAGACGUGGAGAUGCACGAGGACGAGGAGAAUAACGUGUCGGAUAAUAAAAUAGAGGAACAGAGACCGGAAAAUAUUUCCGAGACUCCGAAUGAUAAGCGCAAGAGAAAUUUCGAUAGUAAAAGAAACAACAUUGAGAACAAUCAGGAGACGACGGUCGAGCUAGAAGGAGAAACGGCAGAGACUAUGAAAAUACAAAGAGGGAACGAAACUACAUUUCAUACGAUGGAAUGGAAUAUGGAUGAGAACAAUCUUGAUUCUGGUUAUACGGAGAGAAAACGAUUCGAGGUAGAAAAAAUGUUAGCCGAAUGGACCCAGAUACCAUCCACCGAAGAAGCUGCAAUCGCGUGGAAUUGUUUGUGUUCGGUCACGGAUACAGCUGCUCGGGACUUAUCGGAGAAAUUGCGACUGGUUCUGGAGCCUACUCAGGCGUCAAGAUUACGGGGCGAUUACAAGACGGGUAAACGCAUUAAUAUGCGAAAAAUCAUUCCGUACAUAGCCAGCCAAUUUCGCAAGGAUAAAAUCUGGCUCAGACGCACGAAGCCCUUCAAACGUGAUUAUCAGAUUGUUCUCGCAUUGGACGAUUCCAGCAGUAUGGCCGAUAAUCAUUCCAAAGAAUUGGCCUUCGAAUCCUUAUCUUUAAUUAGCAAAGCUAUGACGUAUCUAGAAGUAGGGCAACUUAGUGUCGUAAGCUUCGGAGAACAGGUGAAGAUGUUACAUCCUUUGGGAGAAGCUUUCACAGAACAAACUGGAUCUAGAUUAAUACAAGAAGUGAGAUUUGAUCAAAGAAAAACGAUGGUCGGCCAAUUAGUCAAUUCUAUUGUGGAAAUAUUCGAAAAUCAGUGUACAUCAUCCGACAGUGCUAAGCUGUUAGUAGUAUUGUCAGAUGGCAGAGGAAUAUUUUCAGAAGGAACAAAAAUUGUUAAUAAUGCCAUAAGGAGAGCCAAACUAGCAGAUAUCUUUCUAGUAUUUAUAGUAGUCGACAAUCCAAUUAAUAAGGAUUCUAUAUUGGAUAUUCGUACGCCUAUAUUUGAAGGUAACAAAUUUUUGGGAUUUCGAUCGUACAUGGAUAAUUUCCCCUUUCCAUUCUACAUAAUUCUUAGAGACAUAAACUCAUUACCGGGUGUUCUGAGCGAUGCUUUGCGCCAAUGGUUUGAAGUAGUUGGAAAGGUGGAUACUUAAAGUAAUUUCAGACAUUAGAAAGUCAGUUUUAAAAAUUCGUUAUAUUCACAUAUAAUUCUUAAUUACUAAAGUGUGUGUAUACACAUAUCAGAAAUUGUGAUAAAAAAAAGAAACACAAACUUUACUGAUUUUAAACAAUAAAAACUUAUUAUUUGCAGAUAAUGCUAUAGAUUAAACUGAAUUACACUGCAAACGAUUAAAGUGAACAAUCAGAUUAUAUCUCAGUUUCUUUGCCAUUUGUCAUUUUAUCUUGAGUUAUUUUUUUAAUUUUGCCACAUUCUAUAUAUAUGUUUUCAGAAUUAUGUAUCAUGAAAAUAAUGCUUAGUUUUUUUUAUAUUGAUUUAAACUUUUGUAUGUAAAUUUGUGACAAAAAUAUUAUACCAAACAUUCAGUGUAAUUAAAAUAGCGCUUGCGUGUAAUAAAUAAUUAAUUUAAUUAAUAAACUUUUUAUGUUAUAUAUUAGAACGUAUAAAUAAAAUAUCGUUCUUUUUUUAAAUCAGAAUAUCUACCUUAAUUUUGCUCCAACAAAAUUAUGCAAGAUUGUGAUAGAAUGAAGAAGUUCAAUUAUUUUGUACUAAGCUCAACCAACUUCUACCCUCCCCAUCUACAGACGAGGGAAAUCUGAUCUGUACUAGUCGAACGUUUUUACUAUCUUCUACCAGCUCUUUAUAAUUAGUUGCGGGCACAACUAUCGUCUCAUCUUCAUCAUUUUCGUUAUAAGUGUAUACCGUUUCUACUUGUUCUACAGCUUCAGUUUUGCAUUCUAUCUCGUCACUCUCAAAAUCCAUCUAUAAGAGAAAACACGGCAUUUGAUGCGACAAAUAGAUAUCAUUGCGAGCUUUCGAGAAAUGUUAACUUACCUGAUUCUCAACGAGUUGAUUCACUCCGCUAUUUACGGUUUCUUCAGCAGGUAUAUUCAAUACAUCUUCUUCAUUAUAUAUUUGAUCUUCUCCUUCUUGCUGUAUAAUCACGUGAUCCUUCAAUUCAGUUACGUACAAUCCGGCCUCAUUUAGCUAAACAAGCAAAUAUAGUAUUAACAUAAUAAAAUUUUCUAUAUUAAAAUGUACAUUUUGCACAAUAAAAUAAUCACUUGAAUUAUCA